AUGAAGACAAACAGGAAAAUCUCACCUAUCAGACGAUGGAUAAAGGAAAACCUGAUGAUCACGUUGACUACUGCAGGGAUCGUCAUCGGGUUCGCUUUAGGAUUUGGUAUCCGGGAGGCAAAACCAUCUCUCGAAGUUCUGACUUGGAUAGGUAUUAUUGUGACAUGUUUGCUGCUAGGCAUAGCCAUAAACAAGGCAGAAGAGAAGGGAAAGCCAGUACUCGACUUCUUUAAUUCGCUGACAGAUGUCAUAAUGACAAUCCUGAAGUGGCUUUUAUGGUUCACGCCCGUGGGUGUCCUAAGUUUGAUCGCAUUUACUACAGCUUCUCUAAAGGACCUUGUCCAGAAUUUUCAGGCUUUGGGAAUAUUGGUUGGCCUGAUGGUUGUUGGUGUAUUACUGCAUCAGUUAAUUUUAAUGCCGACACUGUUUUUUGUGUUGACCCGACGAAACCCUUAUAGAUUUGCUGUACAGAUCGGUAAAGCUUGGAUGAUUGUCUUUGCAACAACAAGCCCUGCGAUGGCUAUUCCUGAGAUAUUGUCCGCGUGCGAAGAUCACCAGAACGUCGACAUAAGGGUCAGUCGAUUUGUUGCGCCAUUGUCCGUGGCACUUAGUUCAAACGGGAGCGUCAUGUUUAUUGCAGCCGCUUCCAUAUUUGUUGGCAAUGUUGUGGGAAUGGAUCUGAAUGCUUGUGACAUAAUUCUUAUAGGCAUUUUAGCCGAUAUUUGCAGCAUGGCGUUACCUAGCAUACCAAGUGCUAGUAUCGUAGCCAUAGUGAUGAUUCUGACAUCAAUGAACAUACCAGCCGGUUCUAUUUCUCUGCUGAUUGCGGUUGAGUGGUUUUU